CAUUUAUCUAGGAAUCUGAGCCAAAGCGACCUCACUAACACAGAGCAAGCAGGACAAAGAGGAGGACAAGAAGCAAGAUGAACUGAGACAAUAAGAAGAAAGAAAAAGGGAAACAGAGGAUAAUAUGGACAAGGUCAAAGAUAGAAAGAUUUGAACAAAAGAGGAGAAACCAGCAGACACUUUUCACCUGAAGAGGCCAUUCUUGGACAUAACGAAAAGUUAAGAGUAAGUUUGCAGGGAAUCAUCAACAAAAAGAAAUUACAGCAUUGAGGUUGGAUCAACAUUCAGGAGGUUGAAACAAAGUAUUUUCCCAUGAUUCAUUUCAGCUCUCUCAGCAUGCUUCCUCUGUUGUCAGUGUAUGUGGGAGUGCUGCUGUUUUCAGACGCAUCUCCAGCCUGCUUACAUCCACCCUGCAGGGACAGUUUAGUGGCUGCACCUAUUCCUCCAGGGACAGGAGCAGGAGUGAGUACCACAGCCUGCGAGGGUCAAACUGGAACAAGCUCAUGUAGUCGGGGGAUUUCACUCCCAGCCAUCUCAGAUGUUCCUCGGAAGGUGGAGCACAUACAUGAUUUCCUACAGGUUCAGUACAAGACUGGAGGGAUCAAAGAGCGCCUGGUUCGGCUGCAGCGCUGCAUGCGUUCUCUCCAGGAAUCAGGCAGCUCUUGGAGUCAUGGGAGCCAGGAAAACAACUCUCUAGGGGCCAUCCUGGCUUUAAUGGCAGCUGUGCUGACAGAGUGUGACCUCCACUGUCAUAGCCAGACCCUUGGAGUGAUGGCCAAACGACUGGAGAGUGCUGCAGUGGGCAGAGAGGGCGAAAAAGACUUGCUGCUUUUCCUCAAGAGCAUCACACAAUAUCCACCCACAGUUGCCCCCAUGGAGAGGUUACAUCCUGAGGAUUGUGCAGAGAUUUACAGGCUUGGGAUCAAAGAGAAUGGAAUCUACACCAUCCAGCCUGAUCUCCAUGGGCCGAUGCUGGAGGCUAAAUGUGACAUGGAGACGGAGGGAGGAGGGUGGACAGUGUUUCAGAAUCGGCAGGAUGGCUCAGUGGACUUCAACAGGACAUGGCAGGAAUACAAGGAUGGCUUUGGCAGUCUGCAGGGAGAGCACUGGCUUGGUAAUGCAGCGUUGCAUGCCCUCACUUCAACUGGCCAACACCAACUCCGUGUUGAGCUGGAGGACUGGCACCAACAAAAACGCCAGGCAACCUACAACAACUUCAAAGUGGCCUCAGAGUCACAGAGGUAUCGCCUGACAGCCCGGGAGUACUCUGGUGAUGCAGGCAAUGCACUGAGCUACAGUAAGCGUUACAACCAUGAUGGCAGGUCCUUUAGCACUGCAGACCGAGACCAUGACCGUUACACUUCUGGGAACUGUGGUCAGUAUUAUGGUGCAGGCUGGUGGUUUGAUGCUUGCCUGGCAGCUAACCUGAAUGGACGCUAUUAUCGUGGACGCUACAGUGGGGUGACCAAUGGUGUCUACUGGGGUACAUGGUACAUCCUGACAGAUGGUCGGACUGGAGAACGCUACUCCUUCAAGAGGGUGGAGAUGAAGACAAGACCCAAGAACUUUCUUGGAGCAACUUGAGGAUAACAAGGACGGUUCACAGUGCUAUAUUUACUGCUAUGUAGAUUUCUGUAAUACACCAAGUGAAAACCAUGUUUUGGGUUGGGUUAGACGUUUAAGUUUCUAUCUAAAAAACUUUUAUUUAGGUCAGCUUUUUUGUUUCACUUAUCAGUUACAUACAGAUGGCAGCU